UCAUUGCAAACAUUUCAAACACCUUGAUAUCCUUCAACCCUUAUCUUCAAUUCAUCCCCAUCCUCUAUCUCUUGUUGUGUCCCCACUAUAAUUAAUGGAGGGUAGUAGAAGAAGCUCAAAUUCUGAACUCCCGCCUGGGUUUCGGUUUCACCCAACUGAUGAAGAACUAAUCGUUCACUACCUUUGUAACCAAGCCACUUCAAAGCCUUGCCCUGCUUCCGUCAUCCCUGAAGUUGAUAUCUAUAAGUUUGAUCCAUGGGAAUUACCCGAUAAAACAAGCUUUGGAGAGAACGAAUGGUACUUCUUUAGCCCAAGGGAUAGGAAGUACCCAAAUGGGGUGAGGCCUAAUAGGGCAACGGUUUCAGGGUAUUGGAAGGCCACUGGUACGGACAAAGCAAUCUAUAGUGGGUCUAAGCAUGUUGGGGUCAAGAAAGCUUUGGUCUUUUACAAGGGUAGGCCCCCAAAGGGUAUCAAGACUGAUUGGAUCAUGCAUGAGUAUAGAUUGGUUGGAUCAAGAAGGCAACCCACUAAACAAAUUGGAUCCAUGAGGCUAGAUGACUGGGUGUUAUGCAGGAUCUACAAGAAGAGGAGCAUAGCAAAAUCAAUGUUGGAGCCUAAAGAGGAAUUCCCAACAAUGCCCCAAAUCAAUCAUCAUCUAACAUCAUCAUCAAAUGAUGGGAAUGAUAAGAAUGAUGAUGAGCAAGAAAUGAUGAUGAAAUUCCCAAGGACAUGUUCCCUUACACAUCUUUUGGAAAUGGACUACUUGGGCCCAAUAUCACAAAUACUCUCUGAUGGAUCAUAUAACUCAACCUUUGAUUUUCAACUAAACAGUGCCAAUGUUGGCAACAUGAUUAUGGACCCUUUUGUGAAACAACCUCAGAUCCUUGAAAUCCCUAACAAAAAUAAUCCUAACAAUCCUUAUUAUGAUGUGGAUUCAGGGAAGAACAGCCUAGUGAAACAGAAUAGCACCAUAAACCCUACUAUAUUUGUGAACCAAUUCUUUGAUCAUAGUGGUAGUUAACAGUUAAUUUUAUUAUUAAAAAGAAAAAAAAAAGAAAUUGGAUUAUUGUUAGACAUG